AUCAACCAUUAAAAAAGUAACUGUUUGACACAAAGCGAUUACGAACGCGUGUGAAAAUAUUCUCAUUAUUUAGUGGAAGUGUUUUAGAUGUAAACACCUAAACAGCUGGGAACGGUAAAAUAAUUUGAACUAAAAAAUAUAUACCCACAUACAAAUAUAUAAUGUGCAAAGAUAAAUCAAAUGUCAGCACAACUAGCGUACACGAUACUGAAAUUUAUUCUUCGGAAGUAUCGUUAGAUAUACCACCAGAUGCCCUGUACACAAGCUCCAGUAACUGUAUUAUCGAGGAAGUGGAUACGAACAAUGAACGAGACUGCUGUCAAACCACCACUAUUUGGCUGAAGAACACCGCUUCGAAUAUAUUUCGCAAAAAGACACUCUACAAACGUUUACCUAUUUUAGCGUGGUUGCCUAAAUAUAACCAAAAAGAUUUAAUUGGUGAUUUGGUGGCCGGCAUAACUAUUGGUUUGACUGUGAUACCUCAGGGCCUGGCUUUUGCUGGCAUAACGGGCCUGGAUUUGCAAUAUGGACUGUACAGCUGCUUCUUGGGCUGCUUUAUCUACGUUAUUUUCGGAACCAGCAAAGAUGUUCCUUUUGGACCUACUGCCAUUGCCGCAUUGCUGACGUUUCAAAUAGCUCGUGGCAGUUUGGAAAAAACAAUUCUACUCACCUUUCUUACUGGCCUCAUUGAAGUUCUGAUGGGUAUAUUUCAGUUAGGUUUCCUCAUCGACUUCGUAUCUGGACCGGUCAGUGCAGGCUUCACCAGCGCCGCGUCAUUAAUCAUUUUUACCUCACAACUUAAGGAUAUGUUGGUUGUAGAUACAACUGGUGAGACGCUAGUACACAUGUGGAUCUCCAUAAUUAAGGAUUUUCAUAAUAUCAGCUGGAAUGAUGCCGCUUUGGGUAUAAGUUCGGUUAUUAUAUUACUCUCUAUGCGUUCGAUGACCUUUGUCACUAUCGGCCCGAAGGAGGGCAAAGCAUGUUGGCAGCGUGUAUUGCAGCAGAUCAUCUGGUUGAUUGGCACUUCACGUAAUGCAGUUCUUGUGAUGUUGGUCGGUCUAUUAGGUUAUGAUUUGCUCCAUUCCGGCAUCGAUAUCUUUCGUAUGGUCGGUUAUGUGCCACAGGGAUUACCCGAGCUGAAGAUGCCAGCAUUUUUUAUAGAUACCUUCACUAAUACCACCAGCGGCGAGCUUGUGCAAACGCAUGAAAAUUUCAUUGAUAUGGUAAGCAGCUUGGGUGCUGGUCUAAUUGUGAUACCGCUAGUUUCGCUGCUGGAAACCACAGCACUGAUACAAACUUUUGCCGAUGGCAAGCCUUGUGAUGCUAAUCAAGAACUCAUCGCCAUUGGCCUUUGUAAUGUCGGCACUUCCUUUGCGCAGGGCUUUCGUGGCAAUGGCCCUUUGGCUCGAGGUGCUGUCUUGAAUGCCAGCGGUGUUAGAACUCAGAUGUCAAAUUUGUAUGCGGGAAUUCUUGUGAUGUUCGCUUUACUUUAUCUAACUCCUGCCUUCUACUAUGUUCCGAAAGCUGCUUUGGCUGCAAUUAUUGUUUCCGCGACGAUCUUUAUGCUACAAUAUCGCGUAAUCAAGCCGAUGUGGCGUAGUAAAAAAACUGAUCUCAUUCCUGGCCUUGGAGCCUUCAUAGCUUGUAUUGUAUUACCCAUACAGGUUGGCAUAUUGGUUGGCAUUGGCAUCAAUAUCGUUUUCAUAUUGUACAGUGCAGCGAGACCAAAACUGCGUAUCGAAAAUUUAUGUACCUCAACUGGCAUUAGAUACCUCAUGCUCACCCCCGAUCGAUGUCUGAUCUUUCCCUCUGUAGAGUUUGUGCGCAAUGUGAUCAACAAGCAAGGGCGCAAAUCGACGGUACCCGUAGUCAUUGAUUGCACCUACAUUUAUGGUGCUGAUUUCACCGCCGCCAAGGUGGUUUCGAUGUUAAUUAAAGAUUUCGAGACGCGUAACCAGAAACUCUACUUUUACAAUCUGCAACGUCGAGUCGCACAGGUUUUCGAAGACCUCAAUAAGGGACUGAUCGUUAUAUACGAUGUCGAUCACUUGGAACGUGAAUUGUCUGGCAAAGAUGAAAAUUCCAAGCUGUGAAUUAUUGGCAAUCAAGCUAUAAUUGUAAAUUGCGGGUCUGAAUACUGCUGUUGCAAUAGACCGAUGUUCACUCGAGCGAAAACGAAGGUGUCAUCAUAAUGAAGAGGAGGUGUGAAGUGG